AUGGCAGCCGCAGCGAAACCCAACGAUGUCACUUCCGAGGAUGGCUCCUUCCCUGAAUUUGGAGAGCACAUUGACUCGACGACAUUCGAGCAGAUUCUCGAGAUGGACGAUGAUGAAGAAGAACGCGAAUUCAGCAAGAGCAUAGUAUACGACUUCUUCACUCAGGCGGACAGUACUUUCGAGAAGAUGCACUCCAACCUGGACAAAAAAGACCUGAACCAACUCUCAGCCCUAGGUCACUUCCUCAAGGGCUCCUCCGCCACCCUCGGCCUUACCAAGGUCAAGGACUCGUGCGAGAAGAUCCAACAUUUCGGCGCGAUGAAGGACGAGACGGGGACCAAGGACGUGGAUGAUGUGGAGAAGUGUCUGGCUAAUUGCAAGACGACGAUUGAGCAGGCACAGAAGGAGUUCAAGGAGGUUGAGACGCUGUUGAAGAAGUUUUAUCAUGAUGAUGGAAGGGGGCCUGCGUAG